UUAUUGAUAUAUUGGCAUGUCUGACAAAUUAACUAUUAUUAUUACCCGGUUAAUGGUGGAUUAUUACGUCAGUAACGACGAAUAAUUAUUAUUAUCUUGUCGACUGUGCCAAAAAAGCUAACGACUUGGAAAACAAUGUCAAAGAUUAAACAAAUUUGUUUAAAAAUAAUUUAAACGGGUAGAUACUGUUAUCAUCUAAAACGAUGCGGCGAGAAGACCCGCGACCGAUAUGAUGUUGUGCGCGCGACGGACGAUUACGGAAAUCCGUGUACCACCACGGUUCAAUGGUCGCGCGUGGAAAAAAAAAACAAAACAAAAUAAUAUCCGACGGCGAAAACAUUAAAUAAAUGAACGCGGACGUCUUCAAAAUUAAACUGUACGAGACCCGAACGACGGCAGCGGUGGUGACUGUUGCGAGCGCCAAGGGCUUAAAUUUCCAACGCCGCGGGACGGACCCACUCGCAGAUCUCGGCCCACAAGCCGCGCACACACUUUUCCGGUGAGUAGCCAUCACAUCACCGCCUGUCGUCCGUACGUGCAUAUCGUCGCGGUGCUCUUGCGCGGCUCCCGUCCGGUUCCGCUGUCGACGAUGACGUCCGUGUCGUUUCGUUUGCUCGAUGACAAACGGCGUCCGGCCUCUCGCGGCGACCGUGUCGGCGGCGGCAUUGGUUUUCAAAAUGGCGGUGUCGCAUUCGGCCGACGUGCAUUUUACGAACACCACCGUUCCGUGCCAAGGGUCCCGUAAAAUGUGCGUUUGUUCGCCACACGCUAGGCCUUUGGGGACCCACCGUCGCUGCCGGAUCCGGCAACAUCAUCGGGCGGUCCCCGCGAAUUUCCGGCACAUCUGGCGGGCGCAAUUUUAUCAUUGUCGAUUUUCGAUAUUUUUCCCAUUCUUGCCGAUUAUUUCUCCCGUCCUCCGUGCGACGACAAUGCUCAUACAUUCAUAACAAAAUAAUAGUAUCUGCGACCCGAUUCGCAACAGGGGUCGACGACGGCAUCUCUAGUAUAAUGACGAAACGAAUUUCUUUCCAAAAACCUUUGACAUUGACAUCGUUGUUGUUGCUCGUUAUCGUAGUGACGCGAGACCUAUAUUGUAAUUUAUAUCGGAUGGUUAUCGUUGUUUUUAGCGGUAUCUCCGUACGUAUCGUGUUUAUUUGGAUAGUUUCUAUGUUUUAUUGUGCAUUUCGUUUUUCUUUCCGCGAGUUUUUAGAUAAUCACGUUGACGAUGUUUCGUCGAUAAUGAUGAUGGAUGUAGGUGUUCUUUUUUUAUGAUUGUUUUUGCUGUCGAAAACCGUUUGUACGCGGCACACUUCAUUAACGUCGUAUAGAUAUUUCUAAAUAUACAAAUUAUAAAUAUUUGUUAACAUGGCAUCGGCCCUAGAAGAAAGAGAAGAACAAAGUUCAAAAUGUUUUAUAUGCAAUGUCAAAGUUACUACUCGUUCCUCAUACAAUAUUUAUUGUACAUUUAUGCCUCAAAGAGAAGUAUUAUUAUUGGAUGUCAUGUCAAAAAUACUGAAGAAAAUUUUUAACCCUUCCCAGAUGAGAAGCUCAGUAUUGUGCCGAAGAUGUUUUACUCUUUUUGAUGAGUUAGAACAAAUAUCUACACGCUUCAAGAAGCUUCAGACUGACAUUAUUAAACGUUUUACAUCUACUUGUAUUGAAUAUAAAGAUGAUACAUUUAUAAAUGUAGUUAACACUUUAUCGCCAUCAAAAAUGAUUGAACUCCCAUUUAAUGAUCAAAAAAAUGAAAAAUCCAUAAAAAAUGAAGAUGAAAGUGAGGAAAAGUCAACUAAUGCACUUAAUGAGAUAGUUGAAACUCUCAUUAAUAAUAUUCAAACUGAGGAAACUAUGAUAAAUGAUAAAGAAUUUCAAGAACCAGCUUCUGACUGUUCAAUAGAAAAAAAAGUUAGUGUUAACGAAGAAGUUAUAGAAACUGUUAAAGAUAUUACUGUGGAUGACCCAUCACCUGCUAUCACUGAACAACCAAUGAGUGAAACUAAAUUAAGGAAGCGCAGUGUUAGUGUUAAUUACAAAUGUGAUCAGUGCAGUGAAUCUUUUCGACGUGCUUCAGAUUUAAAAAAUCAUUAUUCUAUAAUUCAUCAAACUUUAAAGCGUUUCUCUUGUUCAUCUUGUGAUAGAAGCUAUUCAACUAAACAAUCUUUAAACAAUCAUUUGUCUAAAGAACAUAGACCUUUGAAUAAACAGAUGGAUGUCCAAGUUGAACCAUCUUGUUCAAUUAAAAUUGAAAAUGAUAUCUCUGAAAAUGGUACAGACUCAAACCUUGAAAUCAAUGCUGAUUAUAUGAAUGAUUCUUCUGAACGUGUAGUGAUUGAUGUCAAACCAGAUUUUUCUAUAGACAAUAAUUUGUAUUUGGAAGAAGUUGUACAAGAAGCUAAUGAAGAUGAUGAUUUUGAAUGGAAAGAAGAAGAUAAAUUUAACUAUCAAGAUGAAAAUAUUAUUGAAGAUAGUUCGAGUGCAGUUGAUGAAACAGUAACGCCUUCAUCUGGAUCAGAAAGAUCUGGCAAAAGACAAAUGAAAAAAGGACGAAAAAAAAGAGGUAGUUCACGUUCCGGGGAACGUGCUUGUUUACCUGCAAUACAUGGUUGUACAUUAUGCGAUAAAAAAUGGAGGACAGUUACAGAAUUAAAGUCUCACUUUCUAUCACACAGUACUAUUCGACCUUAUGUUUGCGAGAUUUGUGGCCAAGCAUAUAAAAUGAAAAAAGCUUUAGAUGUCCAUAUUGGAAUGCACAAUGGUAUACAUCCUUUUACUUGUGAGUACUGUAAUAAGUCUUUUACACAAAAAGUCGGUCUCCAAAAACACAUUCCAAUUCAUACUGGAUAUACACGAUUUCAAUGUGAUUUGUGUGGUAAGAGAUUUAUUCAUCAAAAAAGUUUCCAUAUACAUACAAUGACUCAUACUGGUGAAAAACAUGUCAAAUGUCCUGAAUGUGGUUUGGCUGUUUUGUCCCAAUCUCAUCUUAAGCGACAUUUACGAGUUCAUACUGGAGAGCGUCCAUAUGCAUGUCCAAUAUGUGGUAAACGUUUUGCAGAAAAAUAUAAUAUGAAUGCUCAUGUACAUAUACAUGACAAUAAUUCAGGAGGUGGACCUAGGAGAAAUAGAAAUCACAUAUGUCAGCUAUGUGGUAUGAGUUAUGACCGUAAACAUAAACUUGAAUAUCAUUUAGCUUCAACGCAUAAUAAAAUUGAUAGUAAACUUCCUCAAGAACAAGAAACUGUACAACAACCAAAAAAUGAAUACUUUCAAGAGAACUCUCAAAGACACCAAAUAAUCACUGUGGAUAAUACUGCAAUUGAACACAAUGGUAGUACAGCAAUGAUAACUGUCAGUGGAGUUAAACUUCCAAUAACCUUAGAUGGUGGUCCAAUUAUGGUCACUACAUUACCACAGCAAUCUCAAUCUACCAAUCUUGUACCACUGAGUAUACCAACUGGUUCCAUUCUUGCAUACACACCAACGAGCUCAAAUGAAAAUGAUCAACCAAUUGUCGAUGGCACACAAAAUUCUUUUAUAUCACAGACUCCUGUUUCAAUACAAUUAUCUUAAAAUCAUUAUUGUAAAACCUACUGUUUAUAAAACAGUAUACAGCAAAAAAUUGCAUAACAAAUUUUUUCUACUUUUUUUAUGAUCAAUUGAUAAUUUAUAAAUGUAGGUAUACUUGUGUUAUUAUUAACUCUAUUAAUGUAAUGUAAAUGAAUAAAAAACAUCUUAUAUCCAUGUAGAACUUUAUCAUCUUAAAAAUCUUUGGAAUAAUUUAUAAUAAUGGAGGAUUAAUCUCAAAAAU